AUGUUUUUUGUGAUUAAAAAACGCGGCGAAGGUUUGGUUAGUGCUGUGGAAGUUUAUGAUUUGCUCAUAUUAGUGUUUUCUAUCGUUUUAUUGUUGUUGAGAUAUUGGAGAAGCCUGAUUUACCACAAAGGGCUUUUAGAUUAUCAAGUUAUUCAAUGUAUCCAAGUUGUCUCUAUGAUUAUCGUUAAAUUUGUGCUAAUUUUCUCGAAGUUUCUGAAUUUUCAAACAAUUCGAGUUUCCUACGAUCACAUGAAUUUUGGGGUUCUUCGCAACUCUACAGAUCAUCCGGAAAAUGUGGAUAACUUUACUAGUCACGACACUAUAAUUCUACCGCAAGUUAUUAUUUACUCAUUUUAUCUUAUGAUGGCACCUGGAGCACUUCGAAAAUUCGCCGAGAGAGCCAGGGUUUAUUCAGUGGACACGAGCACAAGCUCGAUUUAA